UGUUGAGUGUAUACUCGACCAAGCAGCGGAGGCCCGGACCGUAACGCCGUUACUCGGUCCUGUCAACGGAUGACAGCGAUCGACGUGCCAUGCGGUUCAUCCUUCGUGUUCGGGCUUCGGGACCGAUCGGCCUCUUUCUUGAUCCAGCCGCUGCCGAGACAGGACGCGUUAGACGAGCGAAGUUCUAGCGUGUGUGUGUGUGCGUGUGUAAUAAGUGUAAUAAGUGUAAUGUAAUAAAUAAGUUUCAAUUUGUUGUAAACCGCAAUCGUCCGCGUACCGGCAUCAUUGUCUCCCCCGAUAUCACCAACAUAAAAGUGGCGACGAGGAAAUUUGGUAAAAAAAAGUGAUACACACGCAGAGCAACAAUUCCUUCCUCACGCAAACGCCGUCGUACGGACUCAUCGAUGGAGGAAGAGCAGCGCCGUCUCUCGCAGCAGUUCGAAACCCCGGGUACUGCGUUACUACAACCCGGAUACGGCCAACCGCUCCCGCCAAACGCUCCAGCGGUCGAGCAGCAGGGAUCUCAAGCGUCCUCGGUACAUUUUUCGCCAUCGCUAUCAUCAGCGCCCACAAGCCUUCAUCCGCCAUCGCUCGCUCCAGCCGCUUCGAUGCAGCACCCGCCAUCGCUACCAGGCGUGUCACAAAACGGUGAGCCAACAAUGUAUCAAAUAAUGCAGCUUCUACGCCAAUUAAUGACAAAAAUUGAGCAACAGCCGCCAGCAUCACUGCCCACAAACGCAUCGCAGCAGCAGCUACCAGUAGUGCAUCCGCCAAGUGCAUCACAGCAGCAACCACUAGUAUCGGAAAUCGCGUCGCAACCGCAGCAGCAGCAUCGGUCAGCUCCAGCCAAUCCGGAGCAAAUCCUGGACUCGGUGGCGAGAAACAUCACCGAAUUCUGCUUCGAGGCUGAAGCCGGUCUAACGUUCGAGGCGUGGUACUCGCGCUACGAGGAUCUGUUCGUCAGUGAUGCAGCCAGGAUUGACGAUGCGGCCAAGGUACGAAUGCUUAUGCGGAAGCUAGGAUCAAUGGAGCAUGAGAGAAGUUGCAGCAGCUACGAAAAAGGACCCUCUACUGCGCGAAGUGUACCGCUACGUCCAAUCGGGUUGGCCAGGCAAGGUCAGUUAUGGUGCGGAAUUGGCCCAAUUCCACAACAGAAGGGAAGCACUGACGACCGUUGGCGACUGUAUCCUCUUCGGAGAGAGGAUUGUGAUUCCCGCAGCUUUGCAGCAGAGAUGCCUUAGACAGCUUCAUCAAGGGCAUCCGGGCAUCCAGCGAAUGAAGGCGAUUGCACGCAGUUUCGUGUAUUGGCCAUCAUUGGACAGCGACAUCGCCGAUCGAGUUGCUUCAUGCGAAGCAUGCCAGGCUGCGGCGAAAUCACCACCAUCCCAGAUACCAUCAUGUUGGCCGAAGCCACCUGGGCCUUGGCACCGCGUACACAUCGAUUACGCUGGACCUGUGGAGGGAGCCUAUUUCCUGAUUGCGGUAGAUGCCUACUCCAAGUGGCCGGAAAUCAUUAAAACUGCAAGUAUUACCUCAUUCGCUACAAUAUCUAUUUUGCGAGGAAUAUUUGCCAGAUUUGGACCGCCAGUUACAUUGGUCAGCGACAACGGUACCCAGUUCUCCAGCGAGGCCUUCAAGGAGUUCUGUGAGUGUAACGGCAUCGACCAUGUUCGCACACCGCCUUUUCAUCCACAGUCCAACGGCCAGGCAGAGCGAUUUGUGGAUACCUUCAAGCGAUCACUGAAGAAAAUACGGGCGAGGAACGUGUCCCUUGAAGAGGCCCUGGACUUGUUUCUUCUCACGUAUCGCUCAACACCAAAUCCUGCUUUGGACCAGCGCACACCAGCCGAAGUGAUGUUUGGAAGAACGACCAGGACAAUUCAUCAUCUAUUGCGCCCUCCUGCAGCAUCGGAGUCUACAGCGAAGGAUGACUUUCGUGAAUACCAGCCUGGUGAUUUAGUGUAUGCCAAGGUGUAUCGGGCAAACUCUUGGAAUUGGAUAGCAGGGAGGAUUGCUCGCAGAAUUGGCAACGUCAUGUACGAGGUUGUGUCGCACGACCAGAGAAGACUUCGGCGUCAUGUGAAUCAGCUCCGCCGCCGUGUCGCUAGCUCAUCAGAACGGAACGAGAUGGAUCAGCACCAAUUUCCCCUUAGUUUACUUUUAGAUGAGAUGAGUUUGACGUCUCGUCAGCAGUCGCCGUCCGCUUCGCUGCCAACGGAGCCAGCCUCAUCUUCAGCAGCACCGGCGCUGACAGGGGUUCAGCGAGCACCGGCAUCAUCGCCAGCAUCAUCCGUGCAACCGGAGGUACAACUAGCGGCUUCGUCUAGUGGCAGCAGCAACACCCAACAGACACAGCUACCACGACGAUCUUCUAGGACUAGAAGACUGCCUCGUAGGUUCAGCGCGUAUCGGCUGAAUUAAAAGGGGGAGGUGUUGAGUGUAUACUCGACCAAGCAGCGGAGGCCCGGACCGUAACGCCGUUACUCGGUCCUGUCAACGGAUGACAGCGAUCGACGUGCCAUGCGGUUCAUCCUUCGUGUUCGGGCUUCGGGACCGAUCGGCCUCUUUCUUGAUCCAGCCGCUGCCGAGACAGGACGCGUUAGACGAGCGAAGUUUUAGCGUGUGUGUGUGUGCGUGUGUAAUAAGUGUAAUAAGUGUAAUGUAAUAAAUAAGUUU